ACGAGAAUCAUCAACCAAUUUUCAACAAUCAACAGUUAAGUAAACAGCCAAACGGUUAAACUAAACUAUUCAAAAUGAUUUCAACUCUAAUCCUUGUUGCUGCUCUCGCUGGCUCAGCUUACAGCGGUUCUUGUCCAACACCACCACCCGUCCCUGCAGGCUUUGACAUUACCAAGUUUGGUGGUCGAUGGUACGAAGUUGUCCGAACAAGUGGUUUCACUGAAAAUGGCUUGAGAUGUGUAACUGCUGAUUUCAUCCUCCGUUCCGAUGGCGAUUUCAAUACAACCAACAGUGCCAUCCGAAAGAAUGGCGAAGCAGCAAUUGAACAUGGAACUGCUAAUCGAGUCAAAGGUGGACCUGCUGAUGAACUCAAGAUGGUUUCAAGCACAAUCCCUCUACCAAUAGCAUUUUACAUUGUUGACACUGAUUAUGAUACUUAUGCUGCUGCUUACACUUGUAUUGGAGUCCCACCACUUUUCACUUAUGAAACUGCAUGGGUUUUCUCACGAAAAAAUACUUUGGAUGAAGCCACAACUAAACGACUUACUGAUUUGUUGACCUCUAAAUAUGGCAUCUACGAGUCAUCCCUUGAAGUCACAAACCAAACUGAUUGUACUUACACACCUUUCCCCUGAUUAACGCAAAUUGCUAAUCAAACUCAUUGCCUAAUUGUAUUAGGUUUCCCUUAAUUUAUUUAAUAUUUAUCAAACUGUUUAUUUAAAGAUGUCCAUGUUUAAAGCAUUGCAACUCAUACUGAGCAUUGUAAAUCGUUAAAACAUUUAUAACCAAAAAAUAAAUCAGUUAUAAAAUCAA